GCAAAUUUAAUUUUAAAAAUAUAUUUUCUACACAUUUUCUAUGUAAAUUUAAAUAUACGUUAAUACAGUGUUGAGAUAGGUCAUUUGGCAAGCUGCCGCAGCACUGCUUACAGCGUUGGCGCAAUGUGCAAAGUGUAAACAGCUGUUUAGUGUAUACCAAGAAAAUGAGUUUUUUGAAUGGAACAAUUUGCUUUAGCAGUGAAAAGUGGCCAUUAAUUAAAAAAUAAAUGCAAAAAUUUGUGAAAUAUUAUCAAUGUGGAAGACAUAUAAACAAUAAAACAUAAAACCUCUGGCAAAUCAUACAUUGGAAACUAUCGUUCUCUAUAUAAAGCAUACCUUAAUUAAUAAAAAUUACUCGGGGAGGGUAGACAACCAACAACAACAACAAAAAACAAAAUGCUGGCCACAACACAUGUUUUAUUUCGAUCACCACUCAUUAGACGCUGUUGUACCUUAAACCAGAACGUAUGCGUCGCUGGUCUCGCAUCGUCGUCAAUAAUCCUAACAAACGAACAAAUAUACUAUCAGACCACCACCACCAUUAGGAGAAGGAAAAGUGGCUAUAAAAUGUUGCAAACACAGGAAGAAAGUACACCGAACAUCCAAAGAAAUGGUAAGAAAUUGAUCUCCUCGAAAAAAAACGACUAUGAGAGUAAAGGCGGUAAAUCGAUGACAACACAACAGGCUGUAGAUAUUAGAAAAACAACACCAGAAUUGGUAUCGUCUUACGAUGGAUUCGAAAAGGGCAACAAGGGGAAGGUGGCGACGAGGCCAAGGCAGUAUCCACUCAGCAAGGCCGCUUCUGGGGAGAGCAAUGGCUUUAGUCUCAAUAAUAGCAUUGAUGAUUUUAGAGUAGAACAACAAGGUGGGCGAGAAUAUGAGGAAGCUGUGAAGGCUCUCAACUCAUUGCAAUCCAAUGCUGAGGCUUUGCGUUCUUCAUUACAUCAGCAAAAACGUUUGAAUUCUUUGCAAGAAACCGAAAAGUAUCUAAAACGCAGUGGCUUGAACUUGGAUGAUUUAAGAUCUUUGUCAAUUAUACAUGUGGCUGGUACCAAAGGAAAGGGUUCAACCUGCGCCUUAACGGAAUCAAUCCUCAGACAAUAUGGCAUUAGGACAGGCUUCUUUAGUUCACCCCAUUUGGUGUCUCUGACUGAACGCAUACGUCUCAAUGGUCAGCCCAUACCGAAACAGAAAUUUGCCAAAUAUUUCUGGCCCGUCUACAAUGCCCUUAAAUCGCAGCAAGAUGAUCCCAGCGAUAUGCCUGCCUAUUUUCAAUUUUUGACAGUAAUGUGUUUUCACGUUUACUUGGCUGAAAAGGUGGACGUGGCCAUAUUAGAAGUUGGCAUAGGAGGCGAAUUGGAUUGCACUAACGUGGUGCCUCAUACCAAAACUGUAGGCAUUACCUCAUUGGGUUUGGAGCAUACAAAGCUAUUGGGUAAUACCCUUAAGCAAAUCGCUUGGCAAAAAGCGGGCAUUAUAAAGCCUAAUUCGACAGUUUAUACCUCGGCAAGUCAAGCAGAAUGUUUGCAGGUUUUAAAAGAGAGAUGCAAGGAAAAAAAUGCCACUUUGUAUAUGGUACCAGAAUUUCAAAGCUAUUUUGGCCCAGGGGGCCAUGGACAAAAUUUAAAGGAUUCCUUAAAUCAAAUUAUUUUGCUAAAUGGCUCAUUGGCCAUGCAGUUAGCCUAUGAUUGGUUGAGGAGGAAUCGCAGCGAUUUGUUCCUACGCCAAAAAUGUAAUAAACCUAUACUAAGCGAAGAGGCAAUAUUGGGUUUGUUAAACUGCAAUUGGCCGGGAAGAUGUCAAAUAGCCAAAAUUUUUAAUUUCAACAUGCAUUUGGAUGGUGCCCAUACUGUGGAAAGCAUGCAGGUAUGUGGCGAAUGGUUUGCCAAAGUCACUAAUCUUAGUACAAACCCCAAGGUUCUUAUGUUCAACACCACCGGAGAUCGAGAUGCGAAACACCUUCUCACUGUAUUACAUAAAUUUUGUCACUUCGAUAUGGUGUGUUUUGUACCCAAUAUAGCCACAAGUUCAGCAAUACAAAAUCAGGAUACCCAAUCUGUGUUAUAUACCCAAAUCGAACAAUUGAAACGGGGGCAAUUGCAUUUAGAAUGCUGGCAGGAGUUAUGUCAAGAAUCAGGAGAUAAAUCUGGCACAGCCAAAACCUAUACAUCAGUUCUAGCCUGCUUUCAACAUAUACGUGAGGUGUAUUCUGAUAAUAUGCAAGAUUUGGAUAUUUUAGUUACGGGUUCCAUACAUCUUCUGGGAGCCACCAUAUUAUCUUUAAAUGAGUUGUGCAAGGAUUUAAAUGAAAGCGACCACAUUUAAAACGGUCUAUGCAAAAAUUCCUAGUUCCUGUGGCAUCAAAAUGGAUCAAAAUUGUCAAGGUAAAUCUGUUUUCAGACUGCCACUCUAAUCUAAUCUUAACAGUUGUUGUUAAUUUAAAAAGCUAAAAAAAUGUUUAAGGAUAAAAAAAAAUGCUUAAAGUUUAAAACUGACAUGGAUUCAUAAAUAUGACUUCAAAAACAAAAAAUAAUAAAUAAAAAUUAAUCACAAAACUUUAUAAAACCUAAAAACAUGUAGGUUUAUUCGACAGUUCUAUAAAGGAAAUAGGUCAAAUAAACCCUUUUUCAAAUCUACAUUAAGUUUUGUGAAUAAAUCCGAUUUUUUUUUAAAUAAAAGGUGACAAAAUUA